AUGAUCAUACCAGUUAUUAAGCUUGGAACGCUUGCUCUGAGGACCAUCUCAAAGCCAAUCGCUAAUAGGCUCAAGAAAGAUGCCGGUUUGCACCCCAAAUUUCGUGAUUUCAUCAUCAACAUUGCUCAGGCAAAUCACAGAUUCUCGACCAUCAUGCAAAGGCGAAUUUAUGGAUAUUCAUCAGAUCUUCUGAUCCGCCCGCUGAAUGAGGAGAGGGCUGUACAAGCAGCCGCAGAUAUUCUUGGAGAACUCUUCGUCUUCUCAGUAGCAGGACUUGCUUUAGUCUAUGAGGUGCAAAGAAGUUCAAGAGCAGAGGCUAGGAAGGAGGAAAAGAGGAAGCAAGAAAUGGAGGCGAUACAGCAAAAGAACCAAGAACUAGCGAAAGAAGUUGAAACUCUAAAGAAUAAGGUGGAAGCAGUUGGAAAUUUGCAGCGCAAAUUGGAAGAGGUGGAGCAGGCUGCCAAAAGAUGCAGUUCCCGGAACUUGUUCAAGUUGUGGAAUGCUCAGACACCUGCUUACAGAUCGGAAAGCAGACUCAAGCAAGCAACACAGGAGAGUUCAUGCACUGACUUGGACACAAUUGGAUACAAUUGA